GAUAUCGUAAUGAUUUUAAUUUAGUUAACGGGAGCCCCUUUUUAAAAAAAUAAAGGGUGAACGUUCGUCUAAUCAUACUUGUACACUCGUACUAACCGUUAGAACAAAAAAAAAAACUCAUUUAUACUAUUUGGAAAAAAUGGCGAGAGGAUAUUCAUUAGAACAAGAUUUAAAAUUGUUAGUAAAUAAUCCAAAGUAUAGUGAUAUAGAGAUUUUAUGUGAGGAUCAAAGGAAAUUAUAUGGAUCUAGAGCAAUUUUAGCGGCGAGGUCAGAAGUAUUUGAUGGACUACUUUAUAAUGGAAUGAAAGAAAGUUACGAGAAUCAAAUUUAUUUUCCAACGAUUAAUUCAUCUAUAAUGGAAAUUAUACUAGAAUAUAUUUAUACAGGGUCAAUUAAAGGAACUUUAACUGAAGAUAAUAUAGUUGAAGUUUUUAGUGCAGCAGAUUAUUUUCAAUUAUUGAAUCUUCAAGAUUUUAUUAUAAAAAAUGUUAAAAAUACCUUAGUAGAGAAUUAUAAAGAGAAUUAUUCACCUGAAUUGUUAUCUAAA